CUAAGAUGGAACAUUAACACAGGCCAGCCAGCGGAGUUCGUGGAGCUGUGAUUCACCGAUUGUGAAGUGAGGAAAAUACUUGAAUUGUUUUCUGUUCAAACUUUUUAACUAUCCCUGGUCCGUGGAAACUAUUACAGCUGGACUGGUCGAGAAUUUUAAAGAUGACUGUCAUGGAGGAGCGAUUAUAAAUUCAAGGCAGGAACGUGCUGGACAGAUAUUUGUGACUUGUGGUCUGUGUUUCCUUCUGAUAUUCGACAUGCCUGAUGAAGAGAGUGGACAACCAGCAUCAGACAGGGAAAGCCCUACAUCCCCAGACCAACCCCAAGCUGUCAGCCAUCUGGACACAAGCAGUCAAUGUGAUCUUCAGGUAGAGAGUGAUGCAGACACUGGCAGUGUCACGGCAGAGUCUGUCUCUUCCACAGAAUACAAGCUCCGAAGUAGGCCCAAGACUGCACCAAAUCAUUUCAGAACCCAGACGGCUCCUUCACGUCUUCAAAGACACAGGAAGCCAGCUAAGCCUUCUAAACCAAGACAUAAACAAGGCAAUUCAGCAGACAACAUAUCAGAUGUCUCAUCUGAAUCCUCCUCGCUAGACCGGGCCUACACCCAUCGCAUCACCAGCCAAGUCUCCCGCGAUGCCCCCGGCUUCUACGAGUACCACCGACCCUACUCGGUCUACCGCAAGCCGCUGCGGCGCCCUCUCAGUCUUCCCACGGCAUUUGACGACAGUCCGAAGCUGAACCACCCGGACCUUGACCCCGGUCAGAGGGAGUAUCUGUGGCAUACGGCGAGUGUGUACAGCGUGGGUAACCUGAAACAGCUUCAGCAGAGGAGAUACAAACAGAUUCUAAAUCACCAAGUAGAGACGGGUUUUCAUACAAAGGAAGAGUGUGAUAGAUACUAUAAGUACUUGAUGGGUACCAGAAAGCAGCAGUACGCGGCUGACACCACUGUAUGGAGAUCUCCGCCCAAACUACCCGUCCGGCCCAAGCAAUUCCAGAGGAGACCUCGUGCACAGGAAGAGGUCGAGGAGACAAGGAGGGUCAACACAGGUUACUACAGAGGUCAAAAGUCAAAAGAGAAAGGCUCCAAGGAAAACUUGAAUGAUUCAAUGGAAAAACUGAGUCUGGUCUACAGCACCGAUCUCAAGAGAACACUCCCGAGAAAACGCAAGGACAGUGUAGAAUAGACAUAUGGAGAAACUGAGUCUGUUCUGCAGCAUGGACUUGAAGGUAACACUUCCUAGAAAACACAAGGACAGUGUGGAAUAGAAGUAUGGAGAAACUGAGUCUGUUCUGCAGCACCGAUCUCAAGAGAACACUCCCGAGAAAACGCAAGGACAGUGUGGAAUAGAAGUAUGUAGAAACUGAGUCUGUUUUACAUGACAGUCUUCAAAAGAAUACAUGUUAGGAAACACAAGGACAGUGUGGAAUAGAAAUAUGGAGAACCUUAGUCUGUACCACUACUUAGACUUCAGGAAGCACAAGGACAAUGUUGAAUAGAAGAAGAAAAAAAUAUUUGAUAAACUUUAUUGUGUGUAUUCUUGGCAGUAGGGAAUUCUUCAAGUGGUUCCAUGCUAUGUCUAGCACAAGAAUGUGGUGGUUUCUUUUGAGAAUAUUUAAUUCUAUAGGAUUAUCUUAUUUAUUCUUGGGUAUUAUGAUUACCGCACUGCUGAAUCCUGCAAGGCUGCAAGGCAUGUUUCAGAGCAGUCAUGAUGGGUAUCCACCAAAGAUAGAAGCUUUGUACUUCAUCAUCACUGCCACUCCGUAUUCAAUGCUGAAGUGCCAUACUUCUUGGUUUCAACCAAGGCUAACGGAGGACAACCCUACAUGUACAGUCAAACCUGCUUCAGUGACCACCUGUUUACAAAGACCACAUUCUUUGUUUCCCUUGAAAUUGGUUUCUCAUUGAAACAUGUACUAAAGAAACCUGUCUACAAAGACCACCUUUUUUGUUUCCCUUGGGCAAUCGCUAUAGACAGGUUUGACUGUAUAUCAAAUCUGUACUGUACAUGGCUUCAUGAAUUGAACUUUCAAGAGGGUGCAGGAUAUGAAGUUGCAGUCAUACUCCAGUCCCACCAACGAGACCGAGGCCAGACCGACGACACAGCAGACAGGAAAUGGGAAAGAAUCGGUGAGGGGGUGGUAUGCAGUGUGACUGAGGAAUCUCCAAGGCCAGACCGUAUUGCAUCUUAUUGAUGGCCAGUGUGCUGACCCUGGUCAGGUAAAUGGGUACCUGGUAGGAUUAUUCCUUGAAAUGCACAGUGCGAUGAUAACGGCUGCCGGAGCUAGGGUAAUAAUUUCCAAAGCUCUUUGGAAGUGCCUGGGGACGUUCUUAUGUGAUAUGCGCUAUACAAGAACUGAAUAUCUUUAUCAUUAUUAAGUUUCUGAAAGUUUAUAAUAUCAGUAGUCUUCCAAACAUUUUAGCUGCACUUUUACAAUUUGUCCAGUCCUAUUUUAUGCAAGUCCAUUCUUUGAUGCCAAAUAGAAUGUUUUAGGAGUAGGAUUAAUUGUCUACAUUAAAAAUGAUAUUUAAAACCUUUGUUUUUCUUUAGCACAAAUGAUUUAUCUUAACGUGAGUUUGACACAUGAAAUUGGCUGCAGAAUUAUGCCAGUUCUUCCAAUUAUGGAUUUUACACUGCAUCUUUUGCUUAACAAGCAGAGACGCUACAUGUACAUACAUGUUUAUGAACAUGCAAAGAACUUUCUUUUGGUGUAACAGUGAACUGGGAUGUAUAGAAAUGUAACUUGAAUUCAGCUUGGUAUUCAUGGGAUUUGUCGAAUUUAUAUGUUUUUUAUUGGAUGAAAAAAAAGAGUACGGUACUACUACAAUAGGCAUAUACAUCAGUACACUAGUGAAUUUGUGAAUGCUUGGUUAAUCGCAUCUGUUUCCUACAUUUUUGUAGUUCUAAUGUUCAUAAUUUCAUUAUGUUGAAAUAAUCCUGAUUUUUAUGAACCAUAGGAAAUCGAUUGUCUAAUCUAUCAUUUUUUUAUUUUUUGUAAUGCAUCCUGAACCGUGUGUUGCUGUGAAAUAUGUUUAAGUAAUAAUGUGCCUACGACAGAAAUUUACGAUUCAUUUUGGAAAUAGAUUUAAGUGCCUAGUUUUAUAUCUUCGUGGGAAUAAUGUUUAUACAUGUAUAAGGUGACAUAGAGUGUAUUCAUGCAAAUUUGUAUUGCCUAAUUCUAUUGUCAUCUUAUUCAAAUGUUUUAUAUGGUGCCUUGUAUCAUGCUGUAUUCCUUAGCAUAUGAAGAUAUUUCACCGUGUGCAUACAGCGUUUUUAAUGAGGUUACGUUUAGUAACAUGUUAGGAAUCACGGCUUGCUAAAGAAAUGCAUCACUCCACCGCGGUCUUGGAUUGGUCUUAAUUAUUAAACAUGAUUUAAAAAUCUGCUGCAUAGGCAGUCCUUUAUCUUGUUUUCUUUCUGUGCAGUGCCAACUUUGUUUUGCAGAUAGUUUAUAUGUUAUAGUAUACCUUUUGUUCUUCUUUUGAUUGUUGUAAAUAAUGGUAGAGGCAGAACUUUUAACAGUAUUCAUCAAUUUCAGCUUUCCAAAGAGUAUGUGUAUAGAGAAAGAAACUAUUUUGAGUAGAUGGUAGAGAGUGUAUAUGAUACAUCAAUUUUUUUCUCAAAUUAAAUUAAAUACUUCUGAUAGAUA